AUUGCACAACGCGGAGGACUAGCCUGGGGUCACUGGGAUGCAGCGGCUCCUCCGCUGGUGCCUGCCCUGGCUUGGAUUCCUGCUGGUUCGGUUUUCCAGUGAACUGAGCGACAUCAGCAGUGCCAGGAAGCUGUGCGGCAGGUACUUGGUGAAAGAAAUAGAAAAACUCUGUGGCCAUGCCAACUGGAGCCAGUUCCAUUUCGAGGAGGAAACCCCUUUCGCACGGUUGAUUGCCCAAGCCUCAGAGAAGGUCGAAGCCUUCAGCCCCUACCAGUUCGAAAGCCCGCAAACCGCUUUCCCGGCCCGGGGAAGAGGCACAAACCCAGUGUCUACUUCUUGGGAAGAAGCAGUAAACAGUUGGGAAAUGCAGUCACUACCUGACUAUCAGGAUAAAAAGGGAUAUUCACCCCUUGGUAAGACAAGAGAAUUUUCUUCAUCACAUAAUAUCAAUCUAUAUAUUCAUGAGAAUGCAAAAUUUCAGAAGAAAAGUAGAAACAAAAUUAAAACCUUAGGCAAUUUGUUUUGGGGGAAUCAUCCCCAAAGAAAACGCAGAGGAUAUUCGGAAAAGUGUUGUCUUAAAGGAUGUACAAAAGAGGAACUUAGCAUUGCAUGUCUUCCAUAUAUUGAUUUUAAAAGGUUAAAGGAAAAAAGAUCAUCACUUGUAACUAAGAUAUACUAACCAUCAUAGAAUUUUUUCUAACCUAAUAAAAGCUUAAUACAUUUAUUUUACUCUAUUUUUAUUUUUUUAUAAUUGUGCGUAUAAGUGAUAUGCUGUGAAAAAUGUCUGAAUGUACUUGCAAGCA